CGCGCAGUAACCGGCAACAAAGUGCGCGCUUGUCUCAAAAUACAGAGUUAAACGAGAAAAUCCCUUGAAAUUCAGGAUCGAUUUUUAUUUUGGGAUAUCCUUAAAGUACAGCUAGUCUAAUCUGUUAGAUUCUCGGUUUUCUCGCCAGUUCAAGGAAAACCAGGCAUUUUAAAACAAACUGAAAAAACGUCGAUCAUGUCGUCUGAUAACACAACAGAAGCGGCCGAUAGAAAUGUGGAAAUAUGGAAAAUCAAGAAACUCAUAAAAAGUUUAGAAGCAGCCAGAGGGAAUGGAACAAGCAUGAUCUCUCUGAUCAUCCCUCCAAAAGAUCAAAUCUCUCGUGUAGCCAAGAUGUUGGCAGAUGAGUUUGGAACUGCAUCAAAUAUCAAGAGUAGAGUGAACAGGUUGUCUGUCCUUAGUGCAAUCACGUCUGUACAACAAAGGUUGAAGCUCUACUCAAAAGUCCCCACAAAUGGCCUUGUAGUCUACUGUGGAACAAUUGUUACUGAAGAUGGCAAGGAAAAGAAGGUCAACAUAGACUUUGAGCCCUUCAAGCCAAUCAACACAUCAUUAUAUCUCUGUGAUAACAAGUUUCAUACUGAGGCCCUGAAUGCCUUGCUGGCAGAUGACAACAAGUUUGGUUUUAUUGUGAUGGAUGGUAAUGGUGCGCUGUUUGGUACACUCUGUGGAAAUACCAGAGAAGUUCUUCACAAAUUCACGGUAGAUCUUCCAAAGAAACAUGGACGUGGUGGACAGUCUGCUCUUCGUUUUGCUCGUCUGAGAAUGGAGAAGCGUCACAAUUAUGUCAGAAAAGUUGCUGAGACUGCUGUUCAGCUUUUCAUCACAAAUGACAGGCCAAACAUAACUGGUUUGAUUUUGGCUGGAUCUGCUGAUUUUAAGACUGAGCUGAGCCAGUCUGACAUGUUUGAUCAGAGGUUGCAAACAAAAGUUUUGAAGCUUGUUGAUGUUUCCUAUGGUGGGGAGAAUGGUUUCAACCAGGCGAUUGAACUUGCCUCAGAGGUACUAGCUAAUGUCAAGUUCAUUCAAGAGAAGAAGCUCAUAGGGAGAUACUUUGAUGAAAUCUCUCAAGAUACUGGAAAGUACUGCUUUGGUGUGGAAGACACCUUAAAGGGACUCGAAAUGGGAGCAGUGGACAUCCUCAUUGUGUGGGAAAAUCUGGAAAUCCACCGAAUUGUUUUGAAAAAUCAUCAAACAGAUGAGGAGAAAAUCCUUCAUCUCAAUCCGGAGCAAGAAAAAGACAAGACAUACUCCAUAGACAGUGAGACUGGAGUUGAGUUAGAACUGAUAGAAAAGAUGCCUCUGCUGGAGUGGCUUGCAAACAAUUAUAAGAGUUUUGGUGCAACAUUGGAAAUCAUAACAGACAAAUCACAAGAAGGAGCACAGUUUUGCAAAGGCUUUGGAGGAAUUGGAGGUAUUCUUAGGUAUCGGGUUGAUUUUCAAUCCAUGGACAUGGACCCAGAUUUGGAGUAUUAUGAGGACAGUGACGAUGAUUAGCAGGAGGAGAAUCUUUCUUUUGUGUUGCAUCUAAACAUCAACUAUGAAUUUACAACCCUUGUUAUUGUAAGAACGGUGGCAUCGUUCGGUUUAAUUAAAAUAUUAUAUACCUCUCAGCCCUCUCAGGUUUUAGCAGACAGUCACAGGUUAUUAAGCGAAUCGAUUGAUGCUAACCAAGGAGACGAAGAUGUCAUUUAUGUGGGCCUCUAUAUAUAUUCGUUUGUCAGCAGUUAGUAUACUGUGCAGGAGUGCUGAUAACUGAUUGUCUAAUACAAAUACAACCAAACAGUAAUGAUUUAACUUGGCCAAACCAGGCGUUCGGGCCAAAUUUUGCGGUCAUUGCUGUCAUAGGACUGGAGUAUUGAUGAACCUUCCCAGAUGGCGAGGAAGCUCCUUCUCAGCAAUUGAUAAAGUAGUCGUGGGAAUUACUAAUUUUUCCAUGUGACAACUGAGGAUACGAAGGAUUUCUGCUCCUCCGUUAAACGCAGAGUCUGAAAGAAUUAACAUAGAGCGCUCUAUUAAGUGUAAUACAACCAAAGCUAAACAUGUCUCAGCAGCCAAUCGUACAAGAGACAGAAAUAUGACACGAAGCCAACACGAACUCAAAGUCGUAGAAACGUGUAGAAGACCAGAAGCGCGAGUAAACGCGAGUACUAAAUCAUGGUUAAACUGUGGGUAACCUGCGAGCAAGUCCGCGGAAUUAUGAAGUAUGGAGUAUAAAAUAGUGUCAAACGCUCGGCAAACCUCUUCUCGUGGGUUGAUGAUUUCUGAUAUUACGUUGGAGACCUGCAGUUUCUGUAGUUAGCUUAUCUUUAAUGAUGUAUCGAGAUGAUAUAGAAGGGUUAUUUGUUCAUUAAAAGGGUUUUACUUUACAUUUUUACGAUACACUGUUUAAAGGUCGGGGAAAUAGAGUGAAAUGUGUUUUGUGCGACGGUGCAAACUGUUUGAAAGUCUGACCUCUGUAAAAUGAAAUUGGAAUAAAAUGGUGAUUCACGUGCGUAUCACUUGUGGAAAAUCAAAAUAGAUAA